AUGAAAACUUCAAGUUCUAGCGGACAGUUAUUAUGUAGACCUGAAGAUCCGUCGGUGCUAUAUCUUCAUAAAAAACAUAUUUCAAAUGAACUACUGAAAGAUGGCACAACACAAGUUUUCAAAGUUCGCCGGACGGAAAGUAAGACAUGGGAUGUCGACAUUCAUGAGAAUGUGAGGUAUUGGCUUGACGCCUUUGGUUUCAAAGGCGUGAUGGAUUGUGGGAAGUCGAUGAAGGUCGACAAUGAGCUGAUCACGGCUUUGAUUGAGCGUUGGAGGCUAGAGACGCACACUUUCCAUCUACCGAUCGAAGAGGCGACGGUGACCUUGGAAGAUAUGCAAGCCAUUUGGGGCUUGAGAGCGGACGGUUGCUUUUUCACAGGGCGUGACCAUUAUGUCGGAUAUCCUGAUUGGCCUAGCAAGUGGCGAGAUUUGUUGGGAUGGAUACCGGAUACAUCUACAGAGACAAAACAAGGCGGUUUGCUGAUGAACGCUUUGAUCAACCAGACGAGGAUACCUUUGGGUGAUGACCUACCUACAUAUGCAUACAUCCAAAUGGCACGUAUACAUGCCCUAAUUUUGUUAGGAGGUCUCAUUCUACCAGACACCAUGGGGUGUAAGGUUCCUUUUAUGUGGUUGAAUGCAUUUGAGGAUCUGGACGAGGUGCAGACUAUUAGUUGGGGAAGUGCGGCUUUAUCCUAUCUGUAUCAUUAUCUCUGCGAGGCUUCCAUGGAUAAGAGGAAAGAGUUAGGCGGGCCUAUGAUGCUUCUGCAGCUAUGGGCGUGGGAAAGAAUGCCCACAUUGAGGCCGUCGUUCAUAGGAGCAUUCGAAAUAAAUAAAUAUUUAAAUAUAUAUCUGGCGCCACAUGGCGUAUAUGGCUCGUGUACGAGUGCUUUUAUGAACGACGGCCUCAAUGUGGGCAUUCUUUCCCACGCCCAUAGCGGCAAAAGCAACAUAGGCCCGCCCAACUCUUUCCUCUUAUCCAUGGAAGCCUCGCACAGAUAA